GCCGUGGGAGUGGGGGAACUAAUGAAGAUGGGCUCCGCCGGCAAGCGCUCCCGCAUCCCACAGCUCCCACGGUGCUGCCGUCGAGAGCUGUGAGAGCGGGAGGCCAGGAGGAGUAAAAGCCACCAAGCUCCCCCCGCUCCGUGCCUCGCCGCCCACGGGCAGCGUCCCAGGGAGCCGAGCAGAGCUCUGGGGUCCCAGCGGAGAGAGCUCUCCCAGCUGGUUUCCACUGAAGGCUGGAUUUUGCCAUUCCUCUGCCCCAUCUCCCACACGUGCAGGUGAAAGGAUUUGGCACGCACAGCACUCUCAGACACUCCCCAAAGGCUCAUCACAAUGGCUGCCGGCCUGGAGAAAGCCUGCCACCGGUGCAUAUCUAAAAUUGCCAGCAAUGCAUGCUUUAUAUUUGGGCUUCUCGCUUUCCUUGCCUUACCACUGUCCAUGACUUUUAUAGGAAUGAAGUUUUUGGAAGAUUGCCCAGUUCAGCCACUGAUUCCCUUAUAUCUCUUGGUGGGUGGCGUGAUUGGCAGCUUAAAGGUGACUCUCCUGCUGUACGACUCAACCAAGAUGAGGCAGCUGCUUUCCAAGUCUGUUGUGAUUGAUGACGAUGAUGACGACGAGUAUCCCUGGAGGCAGAAUGCUCACAAGUUCAAAGAACAUACCAGAGGAACUGAAAACCUUUUGAAUUUCACUCCUCUUACUGCAACAGCCACUCAUGUACCCUUUUCCUUACUGGAAUACUUCACUCCAUCAGUAGGAGCUAGGUAUUUAAUGGAUUUGCUAUGCAAAAUGAUACUUCAUGUGGCACAUCGUUGUUUAUGUUUCUGUGGGAGCAUCCCUUUGGCAGCUUUCCAGGGCACAGGAUGCAGCCCCAGGUCCUGUAGCACUGCUCCCUGUUCCCAAAAGACAACACCCCGUUUGCAGCCCCAGCUUAGCUGGCAACCGCAUCUGUCCCGAGCUGGUGUUCUGGGAAAUUCUCCAUCCUUCCUCUGCCACCACCUUCGCCAGGCCCAGCCGUCUGCAGCGAGAUCUGGCUACGAGUCUGCUUCCAGGCACUUCAACCCAGCUGAUGUGGAGGUGGAUGUGGCUGGAAGAUCCUUCCUGGUCACUGGUGCAAACAGUGGCAUUGGCAAGGCCACAGCCAAGGAGAUAGCGAGGAGAGGUGGCACGGUUCAUCUGGUUUGCCGAAAUAAGGAACGGGCUGAAGUUGCCAAAGAGGAAAUAGUGACAGAAACGGGCAAUCAGCUCCCUAGUGUAGCACAACCAGCAUUACUCUUCAGUUCUUUAAUGAAGUCAGACAGCCUGGGAAGAGAGAAUAUCUUCUUGCAUAUUGUGGAUGUAUCUAAUCCCAAGGAAAUAUGGAAGUUUGCUGAAAAAUUCCAAAAUGAACAUAAAUUAAAUGUGUUGAUCAACAAUGCGGGAUGUAUGGUGAAUAGCAGAGAAUUAACUGAAGAUGGACUUGAAAAAAACUUUGCAACAAACACUUUGGGUACAUAUAUCAUGACAACUGCCCUGCUGCCCCUCCUGGAAAAAGCAGCUGAUGCCAGAGUGAUAACUGUCUCUUCUGGGGGCAUGCUAGUUCAAAAAUUAAACGUAUCUGACUUGCAGUCGGGAAAUGGGCCAUUUGAUGGAACUAUGGUGUAUGCACAGAACAAGAGACAGCAAGUUGUCCUGACAGAACAGUGGGCAAAGGCUCACAGAAACAUCCAUUUCUCCGUAAUGCACCCUGGCUGGGCAGACACUCCAGCCGUGAGGUCAUCCAUGCCCGAUUUCUACGAGAGAAUGAGGAACUCGCUGCGCACGGAGGCCCAGGGAGCUGACACCGUCCUGUGGCUGGCAGUGUCAGCUGAAGCAACAAAGCUGCCCAGUGGCUUGUUCUUCCAGGACAGGCAACCAGUCCCUACACACCUACCCCUGGCAUACACCCACAGUCCCCCAGAGGAUGAAGAGAAACUAAUGCAGAUGCUGGAAGAGUUCUCCCAGAAGUUUAAAUCUGUUUCUCCAGGAACUUAGUGUCUCUGCUGACACAGUGUCACCACAAAUCUUCUAAUUACACAGUAACCUGCUGUUGAGGGGAAAUAGGAUUCCAUAGGCCUGCUAAAAAUGAAUUGGGUUCAGGUGUUUUCAUAAUGAGGUGGUAGAGUGGCACCUGUGUAAUUUUUAUUCUGCUGUCGAGCCUCUCCCAUUGUGAAUAUGCAGCUGCUGCCUCAAAACACACUAAGGUUGUAUCCUUUGGACUGGAAGAAAAAUUGAGAGGCAUUAAAAUAAACCCCAAGACUUUGUAAAGUUACCUAGAAAAAUUUAAAACACUUUGCAUAGAGAAAUGCAGAGGAGUGUACCUUCAGUAGCCUUUGUGAAGGACUUCAGGAAAGAAGUGGGAAUGCUUUAAACAACUUUUAACUGCUGUAUUUAACAGGUUGGUGGCUUCUUUCACUGCAUGAAGGUGAUUUAGCUCACACAUGGUAACUGGGAAUGCAGAAACUCUCACAGAGCCUGCUUAGUUUAAAGGGAAUGAUUCCUCACAUCCUUCAGUUUCUAUAAAUUAGUGCUGGUAUGCAGAAGUGAUCUGCUUCCUCAUGUUUAAACAGCAAGAAUUUAGGAACACUGCCAAAUGCCUUCCACAUUACUUUAUGGAGCCAGGGCUAAAUAUUAUCCCAUUUAUGUCAAAAUAUCAUGAAGUAGGAGGUUUCAACACAAUACACCCAGACAUGGCUGGAUCCAGUGGAGAAAUGGCUGCAUGACUGUAAGCAUGAAAAGAAACAACAACAUGCUAAGCUGUACCUGCUUGCCAUUUCUGUGAGAGAUUAAAGGGAAUUUCUUUAUCGUUAUGAAUGGAUUAAGAGGGGAAGGGAACACUGGCAGGGCACAGGUUUUAGAGGAGAAUCCACCUCCUGAUGAGAGGAUUUUGUCUGGAUCUGUUUACUUCCAGACACAGAGGACAGGAUUCAUCUUACCUGAUCUGUGGACAUUUGAAUUACUCACUGAGUUUCUCACUGUAAAUUGGUAGAGGAAAAAAUGGGCUUUUUCACAGCAAUUUACUGGAUCUAGUUUAAGAAACACCACCUACAGUGCUGCAUCUUUCUAAUAGUGCUGAAGACAAUCAGCUCAGAUUAAGAUAUUUUGGUGGGAUUCAUUCAUCUUAAUUAUUUCAGAUUUACUGCAAAGCCAAGACUAUUGUUAACAAAGGUAACACCUUUUCUCCUGAACUGAGUGUGUUUAUUAACCAACUGCCUCCAGAUCCCGGCCUCGCUGCUGCACUGUUUCACAUGUGGCUCACACCAGUGUGGUAGGCCAAAGGACCUAAACACAAAUAUAACACAGAUGUUCUUGAGCUCUGCAGUGACUGGGGGCUAAAGGCUGCUGAUGGACAGAGGAGAAUUCCUUAUGUCUGCUUUAUGUAAUUUAGUUUCCUCCUGGCUGAUGCUAUUUCCUCAUUAUUCAAAGGCCUCCUAUUAAAUAUCAGUUUGAGAAAAAACUGCUUUUUUCAGCCUAUUGUCAAUCUCCUUGGAAAUAAAGACUUCGCUGUCAGAGGGGCCCUGAGAAAAAUUUUCCUGUGAUAAGCAGUGCUGAGUGAGACAAGUCAAGCUGUCACAGCUCCUCCUGAAGAGGCUGGGUCAGCAUUCAAACUAUUGCCUCAUUUAUAAACUUAACUCCUUCUUGCACUCCAGUGAAAGAAAACAACAGCAAGGCUUGUACAGAGGUUUAUUUCCUGCAAGUCUGUGGUUCCAACUGUUAAAUACAGUUACCCAAAACAAGAGCAUGGCUGGAAGCCUAUAUAGUAACUACAUUUCUUAUAGCAAUAGCUGCAAGGCUAAUAAAAAUAUAUGCAUUAUUUAA